AUGAAAUUUAGUCAGAAUUUCCACCUAUUUCAGGUACCAGAAUGGGAAUCGUUCUACAUUAACUACGACCUCUUAAAGAGGCUAUUGAAUGCAACGGCUAAAAAAGAUCUCUUGAAGAUACCACGCAACUUUACAGAGCUUUAUGCAUGUCUCGGCUCCAAUAUAGAUUUGCUGAAUACAUUUCGCAGCCGUAAAUACGAGUUCUUGCAUCGGAAGGAGGCGGAGCUUCGCAAAAGAUAUGGCAUUGAACUCUAUCUUUCUACCAUCCCGGCUUUAGAUGAGGUUGACGACCACGAGCUUCAAGUCCUUUACGAAGCUUUCACUGAGCUUCGCCAAGAACUAACGAAGUUACGGUGGUAUGAUAGAGUGAAUCAAGAUGCCAUCCACAGGAUAUAUGCCAAGCUGGAGAAGUUCGGCAAGACGAUUGGGCCAUCUCACUACGACCACAAGUCUACAUGGAUUGGCUUGCAGCUCGGUUGGGAAACACAGAGUCUGAAGGAUGUCGAAAGAUUGAACAAUUUGGUCAGUGAUAUCAGUCGGGCGCAGUCCACAGUGCAAUCUGGCUCGUCACUUAGGUCUCUAUGCCUAAAGAACGUUUGCGAUUCGCAUGCUCUGGCGUACCCGAGUACUGAAUACCACGCGAUAGAGACAAUGAACCCUCUAUCUUGGCCAGAUUGCUGGAUCGAAAGAACUUGGUGA